GUUAUUUUUUGACUUUUGUUUCAAUCUGUAACGGUACCAGAGUUAUCGAGUCUUGGCGACUACAUCAUGCUAGUGUACGGGAAUGAUUAUGCGGCCGUGUACGCGUGGAACGCAGUCGACGUCCUCGUCGACGGUAUGUUGCAGCACGGGAGAGUGAUCAACGUGGUGGACAAGGGUUUGAUAGUCGAUUUUGGCUGCCGCACACAACGCACACAGUUUAUCGAAUACGGCCGCAUUUUCCUCACGAUCCAGCCAGCUUCCUGCAUGGAGACACACCCGGGCGAUAACGUACAGGUGCUGAUGCGAGCGAGCCCCGAUGUCCCGUGGAAGUGGUUCGCGGGUAGACGGGUCCCCACCGAUUGCUCCUUCGACAGUUGCUACAUCGUAAAGGUCCAACUACCGCAUGGCGUCGUCCAGGAGCUCCUGCCCUGGCAACAAAUGCGUCGACCGCCCUCGGACACGGAGCUAGCCAGUCACCGGGUGCGGGCGAAGGAAUUCGAGAUCCGCUCUUGUCCCUUGCCAGCGGUCUGGUCCGACGCAUCGCCAGCGCUGCAAAGCACCUGCCGAUGGCAUCUGCAGCGCGUGCGGUUGGUCUGGUGUACGAAAGUGCUCCGAAGCACACUGUUGUACGUGCAGCAUCCCCAAAACGAUCCGCUGCAGCCGCAAGAACUGGAAGCCGUAUACAAGGACGCGUUGAAGGAUCAUGCCGAGAGCAAUAUCCUGCUCGGUCGAGUAACUAUACAGCCAGCCAAGACAAAGCGCAUGGACAGUGUGUCCGAUGAAAUCCGUCUGUCUGUUCCAAGUGAGCUGUUGGUAGAGAUAUUCCUGUCGCUGAACUCCAUAUGCCGCGUCCGCUGUCGGCGCAUCUGUGCCCUGUGGGACCACCUGCUCACCACCGAAGCGUACUUUCCCGAUGUGCGCGUCUCCUGCCGUCCAGAGGAAAGUCCCUCAUCCUGGAUGAAGCACCAGUUUUGGAUGCUGUCCACUCUUCUGCACUGCGUUAACCGCCGCACGAAGAUGGUUAUUCUGACGCAGGUGGAUAUAGACGAAGGGUGCGCGGCCGUCUCCAUCAUUAGCCACAUGAUCGACCGCAUCGGGACGCUCGUGUUUUAUCAGUGUUGCUGGCCCCACUGGGAUUUUGCCGUAAAUAAAUUCCUGGCAUGCCACGGCAGUAUCAUGCGUAUGUGCAACGUUGCGGAGCGCGCGGUGCUGUUCAGAUGCAGCUUGGUGGAAAGCUGUUUGACUGGCGUCCUGUCUUGCGUUAGCGGCAAACCAGGACCACAGUUGGAAAUGCAGUUGUGGGACCUCUUGGAGCAGAAUCUCGUUGCGACGGAACCGUUUGAUCGGACGGUCUUGGCGGAAUGGAUCGCUUAUUGCGCCCAGCAUGGCCUGUUUUUAAAGCUUGAGAGCGCACUGUACAACUAUCAGAGCGCGGAUCCGCGCCCUUCCAAUAACUAUCGCGAUUUCUUCUGGUCGGCCUCCGCCAUCUCGGGAUUGGAUGUGAACACACUGACCCCACUGGCCGCGGCAGGUUUGCACCGCGUCAUGAAGAAUAUACAGUGGCUGCCGCAGUCGCAACCUCAUCGCACAUCCUGCGCGAAGAAGGAAUGA